AUGGACGAAAUUGCCCAGUCUCCACUGUGUUGGUAUGAAGCCAGUGAAUCGAGUGUGUUGGGUCCUGAUUUGGUAGAAGAGACUACUGAGAAGAUUAAAAAGAUUCGAGCUAGAAUUUUAACUGCACAAAGCCGACAGAAGAGCUAUGCAGAUCAGAGAAGGAAAUCGUUAGAAUUUGAAGUGGGCGAGCAUGUAUUUCUGAGUGUUACUCCAACAACUGGGAUUGGAAGAGCAAUUAAAACGAAGAAGUUGAAUCCGAGGUAUAUAAGGCCGUUUGAGAUUUUGAGACAAUUCGGGCUGGUGGCAUAUCAAGUAGCCUUGCCACCGCGUUUGUCUAACUUACAUGACGUAUUCCACAUGUCAAAACUCCGUAAGUACACGUCUGAUGCGGCUCAUGUCUUAGAGUCCAAAUCGGUCGAGCUGAAAGAGAACUUGACUUUUCAAGUAACAUCGAUGCGGAUUGACGACACUAGUAUGAAGAAGUUGCGUGGAAAGGAGGUUCUGUUGGUUAAAGUGGCUUGGAGAAUAGCGGGAGUGGAAGAGCACACUUGGGAAUUGGAGUUCGAGAUGCGGAAGGAUUAUCCCAAGCUAUUCUCACGUAAUCACUAA